CACAGAACAAGCUUGUUUAUUGCGUGCUUCCGUGUUGCUCGUCCAGUCUCGGGGAGCUUUUUGUUCUGCUGAGGACUCUACCGACAUGUCAGCGGCCACUCAGAAUAUGAUGAUGGAUGGAGUCCUCACUCGUGGUGCGUUUGGGUCCACCACUCAAGGAAACUUCACGUCGCUGUGCCCCAAUGGGUCCGAUUGGGUUUGGGAAGGACUUGGGGAAUGUGCCCAGGAUGCCAGGGAUAUGGCCAGCGUCUACCUAGGCCUCCUAUCCAUUCUCUGCUUCAUGGUGUCUUCAAUUCCACAAUACUGCAGCUCAUGCAAAACGGGAAAUAUGGACAGCGCCCUCUCCAUUUGGUUCCUGCUGCUGUGGCUGGGAGGUGACACCUGCAAUCUUGUGGGAUCCUUCCUGGCAGACCAACUUCCACUUCAGACAUAUACAGCCAUUUAUUACGUCAUAGCUGACUUGUUGAUGCUGGCCAUGUACUUUUACUACAAGAUAAGGAACAGAAUGGCUGAAAGCAGGAUGGUUUUGCGUUUGGUGGGUGUAGCCUGCGUCCUGGGCUUAACCACGCACCUCGCCCACCUCCCCGGGCUAGGCACCCACGAGGACAUUAUUUCUCCUGGGUUCAAAAGUCGCACUUUGCUCUCAACUUCUGACGUUGGCUCUAUCAAGGUUUUUACUCCGAAAGAGAUUAUUGGUUUCUCUAUCGGCUCAGUGUCGUCAGUGCUCUACCUCUGUUCCAGACUCCCCCAGAUGUACACUAAUUUCAAGAGGAAGUCGACAGAGGGGGUGUCUUACUUCCUGUUCGCACUGGUCAUCCUGGGAAACACCACAUACGGACUGAGUGUCCUACUGAAGAACCCUGACAGGGGCCAGGGCGAGAAAAGCUACCUGAUCCAUCACUUGCCCUGGCUCAUCGGCAGCCUCGGCACCCUCUUCUUAGACCUCAUUAUCUCCCUCCAGUUCUUAAUUUACCGCAAAGCUCCGGCGGAGGUGGACGGAAGCCGCGAAGAGACAACGCCUCUGAUCAGGAGCUAAACCACCAAACCAGUACGAGUGUACUAGUGGGACAGGAGCUGACACUCUCUUCCAGUGAACCCUCAGAAAAAUCACAUUUGCCAACAAAAUCAAGAUGGAGAAAUUGUACAUUUAAAAUUACAUUUAUAGUUUUAUUUAUUGUGCUUUUUGUAAUGUUUUUUUUUUUUUAUCUGCAAUAGUACUGUGACGGAUUACGUUCACUCGGGUUCAGCUGCAGCGAUGUGAUUCACACUGCUCUUAAUGUUUGAGUUCUAAACGGAGGAUUUCAGGUGUCGGACACGGACGGAUACUCCUCCUGUCUAGGUGUUUAGGACACAAGCUCAAUGUGAUGUCAGACCUUACAUAGAUGUCAGCAACCUGCUGGCGGGCGGUGACCAGACCACACAGAGGUUUCUCUAAAAUGAUUCCCGUUGUUUUUUAGUUGCCAAACACUUUGACAGUUCUGACACUAUCCACUGCAUGAAACCCCGUCUGAUCUUGUUUACAGUGUUUCACAAUUUGCUCCUUGAGUCAUUAGUUUUUUGGGCUUCAGUGACGUGAUUGGAAAAGAAGAAAUGUUUUGUAUAACAAGUGUAAAUUGUAAUUAGUCAAUUUUUAAUUGUUUACAGAAAAGUACUGUAAUCCCGAAAACUUUUUUGAGCAUGUAUGUUUUUUUUUUUGUGAAUCUUAGAUAUCUUUUUUCAAUUGUAGUCAUAUGGUUUUGUUUUUAUUACCAAAUACAGACACUUGACUUGACACACAGAUUUUCACUACCACGUUUAAUUUACACAUUUUCAUUUUUCCAUUCUCACUGUUUUGCACAACAAAAAAUAGUUUUGUACUUUGAGAAAUGUUAAAUACGGUGGGUGCUAUAAAGAUUAAACAAAUGAA